GUUCGCCUCCUCUUUCACAAAAAUCUUUCAGCAAAUUGCAGCCUGAAAAACACCCAGGGUUUCAGUUUAAGUAGCGCCGGCCCCCUUAAGUAAUCGAAUUAAGUGCGGAAAAACAUCGCAAAAUACGUCCAAUUAAAACCGCAUUGCUUACACUUAUUAAUCACGACCUAAGUGUUAAUCUGCAUUAGUUAGUUGCUUUGAUCAAUCGAGAACAGCCUCAAAUUUGCGUUUUAUUGCUGUUAAGUGCCUGAAAGUGUUGGAGGGAUUUCAAAGAUUCACUCCUGACUAUGUGAAAGCACAUUAAAGAGCCCUUAAUUGGUGGAGCAGUUCGGCUGGAAUAAUGGGUUUAGUUUAGGCGAUUGAAGCACAAAGACGUGGAUCGAAAUGUUCAAUUUUGAGGGGCAACACACGACGACAGUCGAUUACAAUGCCGACGCCACUGUGUACAAUGGAAACCGCAGUUUCUCUCCUCAAAACAAUGCAAGACAUUUUUCGGUUAGCAGCCUGCUGAGGUUGGGCCAAAAGAGACGCGAGUCUGAUAUCGACUCUGAAGGAUACGGGGCGGACGAAAAAUCCAGCAAAAAACCGCGAAGAAACCGAACCACGUUUACAACCGCUCAACUGGGCGCUCUGGAGAAAGUUUUCGAAAAAACCCACUACCCGGACGCUUUCGUCAGAGAGGACUUGGCCUCGAAAGUGAAUCUGAGCGAGGCCAGAGUGCAAGUAUGGUUUCAAAACAGGAGGGCAAAGUUUCGCAGAAACGAGCGAAGUCUCAGCCUGCAAAAUUCCCCCAAUUCGAAACUGGCCGCAAAAUCCGCAUCUCCGGUGGGAAUCCCGCUUAAACCCGAUGGACUCGCUGCCGAAAAGGGAUUUUCCUAUCAAAACUCCCCCAGUCAUCCGGCUGCCGAGCUGCAAUAUGUGAUGCCCUGGAAGUGUUCGUACACUCAGUACGGUCCAGACAAUCUCUACUCGACGAACUUGGGUGGUUCCAAUUGUGCCUUGUUUGCCGCUAAUGGCUUCAAUUAUUCGACUGUUUGCAAUCGAUUGGAUGUAUCCGGUUUUAGGUGCAGACAAGAGUUCAAUUUGUGAUGAUUUUUUUAAUUAUUAAAGAGAAUUAAACUGUU